CCUGCCUUUGCAGGAACCGCAGAAAGGGCUGCAGCACAUCUCCACGUCAACAGAUGGCGAUCAUGUACCAAAUUGCUUUUUGACGACUGCCAACAACAGCAGAAGAAGAACGCAUAAUAACCCAUGCAAAUAAUGCCCAGUAAACUGAACAAGUGAAGGGAGAAAGCAUAUUAAACUAGAUUAUUGUGGUUCGUGGUUGUUGUUAACGAUGAGAUACUGUAUUUAGAAAAGAAGAUUGCGGUCGGCUUCAGUUUAUUUUGUAUGUAGCGGAGGAGGAGGUGGACCAUACUAAGCAACAAAAAUACAGUGACAAAAACAAACCGACAGACAACACGGCAAACAGAUGGACGAAAUUGCUCAGCAUGUGGACAUGAAUCACAAGCAAGCCUGCAUCAACCUGGAGAAAGCCACUCAAUUCAUAACACAAGUAUUACAGGUAAGAGGACACACACACACACACACACACACACAAGCACAAUAUUAUCACUGGUAUUGAUGAUAAAUAUUGUUUUCUAAACACAGUUAAAGGAGCCCUCAAAGAUGGCAUCUGUCACUCACCCCACUUCUCUAUUCAAAGACAUUAAAGCUCCUUAACUGUCUACAAUGUCAUCAUGCCUAACAAGCCAUCCCACCUUCUCUCCUUUCUUUUCCAUUUUACUUCAUGAAGUAGUGAGGAACCAGGAGCUCUGUGUGCUGAUCCACCGUCUGGAGGAGAGGGAAGCGGAGAGUGGUCGCAGCUUGACGGAGCAAGUGGAUUCAAACCGGCAGCUGAGACUUCAGACCGAUGAGCUGCAGAAACGCCUGGAAAUGAAGGACAACUCUCUCUCACAAGCCAACCAGACUGUGGCUUUCCUAAGAAAUGAACUCGGGGUCCUACGUCGGCAGCUCCAGAAAAAUCAGAGUAAAGAUAGGACAUUCCAGGACGAGAAUGAAUGGCUGGAGGGUGGGGAGAGCAAGGUUAAGGCUGAGGUAUCUUCUGAUGGCGAGAGUCCACCGGUCCUGUUCGAUGAUCAGAAGCUGCUGGAGGGUCCACUUUCUGGGAUUAAAGAAGAGGAAGAUACAUAUGAUUCUGUUGAGCAUGGCUAUGGAGAGCAAAGGCAGUCUGUUGUAGAAACAGCUGACCCUGGAUCAGAAGAGACCAUCUCUGCAACUGCAGACAUCAAAACAGAACUGAUGGAGGAAGAGGAGGGCCAAUCAAGCAUGACUCCAGUCCUCCGGUCAGAGAUUGACUUCCCCUCUGACGACCCCGUGUCUCUGGCCCAGUUUUGUGGGGUGUCGGUGGGGCUGGUGGACUGGGCUAGGGCACAAGGACAGCGAGGGAUGGAGGAAGAGAUGAGCAGAUGGAAGAGAGAUGGAGACCAAUCUGACAACCGGCCUUGUGCAUCAUCAUUUGCUGACCCCUCGGAGAACCCUACUUCCUGUUGGACCCGACAGACCGUCGCUUCCUCCAGUUCUUCCACAGAGAUAGAGGAGGCGCAAUGUUUCUCCGAUCCUCCGUCUGACAAAAUCUUCAGCUCCCAGCUCAAGGUGCACCAAAGAAUUAACUCCACACAGAGACCGCACCAACAAAUUAACUCUGCACACAGACCGCACCAACAAAGUAACUCCGCACAGAGACAGCACCACUGUGUUUUGUGUGGCCAAAGCUUCCACUAUGUGGGCGAUCUCAUCAAACACCAGCGCACUCACACCGGAGAGAGACCAUUUCACUGCACCGAGUGCGGCAAGAGUUUCAAUCGAGAGGAUAGUCUCAAAAGACACUACCGCCUCCACACAGGAGAGAGACCGUACCACUGCUCUCAGUGCGGCAAGAGUUUCACACAACUUGAAAGUUUAAGGACACACCAGAACAUCCACAUGGGAGAGAGGCCGUACCACUGCACUCAGUGUGGCAAGCGUUUCACUCAUGUUGGUAACCUCAAAAUACACCAGCGCAUUCACACAGGAGAGAGACCGUACCACUGCUCUCAGUGCGGCAAGAAUUUCACACAACUUGGAAGUUUAAGGACACACCAGAACAUCCACAUGGGAGAGAGGCCGUACCACUGCACUCAGUGUGGCAAGCGUUUCGCUCAUGUUGGUAACCUCAAAACGCAUCAGCGCAUUCAUACAGGAGAGAGGCCGUUUGACUGCGCUCAAUGUGGCAAGAGGUUUUCCACAAAAGGAAAUUUAAAAAAGCAUGAGCUUAAGCACACGUGAAUCUGUAGACCUGCCUCACGUCAAGUGGCAGUGGCGACUCUGUUAGACUGCAGACUUUAAGGUGUAUUUCACGAUUGCAAUGCACUUAUUUCAAAUUCAGCUAAUUGGUCUUCACUGCAAGCCUAGAAAUCUAGACGCACACUAGCGGCAAAAAAUAUUUUUUGCCUAGCGGGAUGGUCUAGUGUCACACCGUUAAGGCCAAUCCUGCGUCCGGCACUAAGGCAGCUCCAAUCAGAACGCUCUAUCUGUGCACCGAGUCCUUGAGCCCGCCUUAGCACAGUGACGACAGAGCUGCGCAACAGCGAGAUAGCAUAACAACCAUAGAGAACAGCGAAGAUGGAUGAGGCUAACGAAGCGCGCUCGUUUGAAUCGGCUUUGUCAUCGACUUUGGAAGUAUAGACUUGCACUCAAGCACUCAAGUCAUUCGUUUUAAAGAAGGAUGUAUUUGCCGUUUUACCGAACGGCUACGAUUGGUCACAAGUGCUGGCCUAUUACGUGCAGAGGCAGUUUGAAAGACACCGGUUCAUCCCACCCACAGGCUUCAGCUCUGUGAAUGGUCCGACUCCAGACUAUACAUUUAAUGUAUAGUUUGGCUUGCCAGGCUACUUCACUGCCUGUUCUGCUGAAAAAACAAAACGGUACUUUGGGGUUAACUGUAGCCAUUUUUGAGGUCGUUUAAAACGCACCAAAUCAACAGGUCACCUGUUCACCAUUCAAAUCAACAGGCCACCUGUGCACCAUUCAACAGCCUCAGAAAAUGGUUACAGUUAACCCCAAAGUACCAACAAAACCUGUUGUUUAUGAGUUGUUCUGGACUAGGGUCACAUUAUUCGUCUUUUAUUAGGCAUCAUAGGCAGUCUUGGGUAUCCAUUCACAGGCAUUGAUAACAGAACCUCACACAAAUAUGUUUCAACUCACAACAUUGUAAUAUUCUGUCAACCAUUUCACUUUGAUAAUACACUGCUUAAAAAAAUCGAAAACAAUUUCUGAAUCACAUUUUUUGAAACUUUCCAUCUAUUUCUCCUUUCGACUUUCAGAGGAUGUCAGACAAUCUGAAAGCCUGACUGCAAAAUCAUAACAGUUUCACCUCAACACCAAACAAUUUCAGAGUACGGAUUCAUUGUGUGAUUGAAGUGUUCCCUUAAUUUUUUUGAGCAGUAAACAUUAUGUUUGGCAUAAAGAUAUACAUCAAGAGAAACAGAUAUUGAUGUUACCAAUUUGUAGAAAUCGUAUUAAAGCUCUCAGCCGGAAAGCCAUGGCCAUUUUCAUUGAGAUUUUUGCUCGAACUAAAAUAUAAUUAUUAAAAUAUA